GAAGGUUGAUUUCCCUUGGAAGUGUCGGAGCUAUCCUAGUUGGUUCUUGAGCAAAACUCCUCACGGCGAUGCGACGAAUUUGUCCCAGAUAUUUUAAUGCAAUUCGGAAUGAAUGACCUUCCAAAAGAUGUGAAUUAUCGGGACCGGGAUGGCGGAUCGCUAUCACCCUCAACUGACCAAAUAAUGGAGUCAACCGGAAGUGGCCGAAAUCCCGAUAGUUCCUCAAUGCCAGAGAGUGAGGCACAUAACGCCUCGUUCUCAACCCGAACUCAAAGGACCAGAAGAAAUUAUCGGCGCCGGCAUCGCAGUUACAGCUCGAGCUCGUCAUCGUCUUCAUCGGAAGCUUCCGGGAGAUCAGCAUCGGCGGCGAAUGAACAAGAACCUGGAUUGGAAAAUUCACCGUCCUCGUUGGAAAAUGAAUCAAGUCAGGAUAGUGUUGUGUUGUGGAGUAGUUCCUCGUCGUCGUCGCCCGCGGAUCUUGUUAACUUGGCUGGCACGCGACAUCUUUUCGAGGAAGAGGAUUUGUCAGCGUCACACCAGUCAACGCCGAUGCUUAGAUCCUCAACGGUCGAGCCGAAACCAGCUUUUCUCUCAAAAAAACCUUUACAAGAAAAUUUUCUCAUCCACAAAGAAUUCUACGACAGACAAAUCGGUGGCUGUGGGAAAUCGUGUGCCGGAUUCGUAUCUCGAUAUACAUCAUCAUUGACCUCAAUUCAACGAAUGAAGCGUCUACACAAACUAGAAUUUCAUAAAGGAUGUGUCAACGCCGUGGCUUUCAAUUCAACCGGGGUUAUGCUGGCGUCUGGAUCGGACGACCUGAAAGUCGGUCUAUGGGAUUGGGCUCGAAAGAAAUUGCUGUGUAGUUUCAAAAGUGGUCACACUUCCAACAUCCUCGAUAUCAAAUAUAUGCACCUAAUCGGUGACUCGCAUUUAGUCAGUUGCGCCCGUGACGGACAAGUGCGACUAUCGGAUUUAUCAGCGGUAGGGAUUUCCAAAAAUACUCGCCGGCUCAUCGAACACCGAUCAUCUGCCGAAAAGCUAGCAUUGGACGUAGACCACCCUCAUGUUGUUAUGAGCAUUUCUAACGACGGCUUCGUGACUCAAUCAGACAUCCGCGAAGAAAAACCCGUAAAAUUGCUCCGAGUGCGAGAUGAGAAUGACUCGGCUGUGUCCAUGCAUUGCAUUUGUAUAAACCCUGUUCUGACGAACGAAUAUUGCGUUUGUGGUGGUGAUGCGAUUGUCCGGAUAUACGAUCGUCGGAAUGCUAAGUUGAUGAAAUGUUACUCGCCGAGUCAUAUGCAAGAUAAGUUACGCAGAAAGCAAAUUACCUCCGCCGUUUAUUCUCAUGAUGGGCGAGAAAUCGUCGCCAAUUAUCAGUACGAAGACGUGUAUCUCUUCAACACUGAGGGCGGUCAAUUUACGAAUGGAUCCGUGAGACAGUACGAAGGACGGAGCAAUAUUAAUUCAGUGAAAGGCGUGAGUUUCUACGGUCCCAAUUCGGAGUACGUCAUAUCCGGAUCUGACUGUGGACAUCUGUACAUUUGGGACAAGGACUCGGAAGCAUUGGUUCAGUGUCUGCGUGGAGAUGAAGCUGAACUCGUCAAUGUCACGGUUCCGCACCCAUUCUUCCCAAUUAUUGCGUCAUGCGGGGUCGAUGAUGACGUCAAGAUUUGGAUUCCUGGUCCGAAAUCAACGGUUGGCGAGAAGUUCGAAGAGAAUGUAGAGAAGAAUUCCCCGAACGAUUUUCCGCCAGAUUCGGACAGUUCUUCGGAAGUGCACGAAUCGGAUUCUGACGAGGAUACAAGUAGUUGCAGGUCUACGGGUACAUUUAGCCACGUCGACACAUCCGGGAAGGUGAGGAUGGUCGACGUGUCAGACAAGAAGAAAACGAGUCGCAGUGCCACGGCGACAGGGACUGUCAUCUUGUCGAAACCCGCGUUCGACUUACUGUCUAAGAACGCUGUCGACAAGGGAGAUGUCCUCACAGUCGCGAAGAUUGCGGGGAUACAAGGCGCGAAAAGGACUUCGGAACUCAUUCCUUUGUGUCAUCAGUUGUCACUUAGUCGAGUGAGAGUUGACUUGACGUUGGAGCAUGAAAGCAACGCGGUGCGGAUUGAGGCAACGGCCAGUGCUUCGGAUGUGACCGGAGUUGAGAUGGAAGCCCUGACUGCGGUUUCCGUUGCCGCGUUGACUGUUUACGACAUGUGCAAAGCUGUGGACAAGGGCAUCCUUAUAUCAAAUAUACGGUUGAUGUCGAAGGCAGGGGGGAAAUCCGGGGAUUGGAAGCGCGAUUAAUCGGGAUAGACGUACUGUAUUCAGCGACAAUUGCAAUCCAGAAGGACCACAUUAUUAAUUGGAAUAGUAAAGUUAUUCGCACUUUGAUCAAAAAUGAAUUGGAGUAUAUGGGAACAUGGUUCACUAACUGGACUGAAGUACAAUACAGUCAAACCUCUCUUAAGUUGAAUUUUUAGGGGCCAGGAAAAAAAUUUGACUUGGGGAGUGUUUGAGUUAGGGAAACAAUUGCUUUUGCUGCAAGGAUAAGUAAAAAAAAAAGAAGCAGGAAAUUGUGAAUGAGGAUAUUCUGAACCUAAACUUGCUUCUUAAUGGGUUUACAUCUUGUUGAACUUGGAAGCAGGGGUUCAUUUGCUUAGUUUUUCACUUUCUUUCAAGAUGCAUAAAAUAAGUUGUUUCAUUGAUUUUUCCUCUCAUGUUUCAAGGAAAUAGUGACCAAAAGACCUCAUAAAAUUCAACUUACAGAGGUUUGUGAGAAAAAGAAUGAGUUAGAGAGGUUUUUAAUGCAUUGUUUCUAAGGGAAUCAGAUGGGGACUAGAAAGAAUUUUUAACUAUGGAGGUUCAACUGUUUUGGCAUACCCAAAGCUUUUUUGUAAUGAUACAGUAUUUCCCCUAAUUUUAGGCAAUUUGAAAUGUGUUCUUCAAACAGAAGGAAAUCGAGGAAUGUUACUAUUAAUGUGACAGAAAAUCAUCGGAAAUAUUUUAAAAUUAAAUCAAUUCUGCCAUUGAAAAUUAUUUAUUUGUGACCAGAUUUUCAUCAAUUUUGAAUUCUGCAAAGAAACGUAUUGAGAGUUUUUUAAUGUUAUUUGGGCAUUCAAUUUUUUCUCUCAUUUGUAUGAAAUUUGAAACUAAAUUUGAGAAAAGCAUGUAAAGUUUGUUCCAUGAUUUAUCAAGGUUCUAGAAUAAUUAUGAUCAGCAUUAUAAGGCAUAACUUCAGUGAUCGGACAUUGUGUUAGGUUUAUUUUGGAACAUUCAUAUUUUUCAAAAGCUUAAAUUGAGAUCUAGGUGUAACUCAAGGCUCUCUUGAAAGAGCUUAUCCAUCACCCGAAAACCGGUGAAGAUUGAUUGCAAAUAAUUUGGAUCUGCCAAGAAUUGCUGCAUUGAAUUCUUCCAACAUUUUCCCUCCCGUGCAUCCGAACAGAUUUCCAGUGAAAAUACCGUUUGAAGAAUGUGAGUAUGAAGUUUCCGAUCGUAGUGUCCAUCUGUGAUGGUGAAGAAAAUAAAACUCAUUCCUCGGAGUAGACGAACA